AUGAGAGAGGGAGAGAGAUCCAGCGAGGAGCUACGAGAGAAAACAGAGGACGUCGACGGUAGGAUGAAGGACCUCACUUAACUGUCGGUAAACGGGAUCGUAUCAUAUGGGGUUUUAUCUUGGCGUCCAUCCGCAGGUCGUUGCAGACAUUGCACUGCCAACAACAACUACUUCCCAUGACCUCAAACCAUUACUUAAACUCCGUUAUUUUUUGAAAAUUUGUUUUUAAUCUACUUUUUUGGUUACCGUGCUCAUUUCCGUUCCCAUACAAAAGCGUACAAUAAUACUUUCAGCAGAAAUUCGAACAAUUUCUGUGUUUUCUUGCAUUUCAUCAGUUUACUGUCUGGCGUAUUGCCCACCCGUAAAACUCCCAUAACCGCCAUUCCGAGAUGACACAAUUCACAGUAUACUGACAGUUAAGUGAGGUUCUUCACCCUACCGUUGCCCAGAGAAGGACUAGUCGACCCUGCGAUCAGGCCAAACAAAUAAACAUCACUUCCAUGUAACUUUGCAUUUUCGUGAAGUAAGGCAACAGAGCUUAGGUCCGUGGAUCAAACGGUGCGACAUCCUGUGUUUGAGGUAUAACGGGCAGGUGGGGGCAAACAACCCCAAAAGGAUUGUUCGGCCCACCUUGUCUCUGCGGCAACUCUUCUUUCGUGGUGGUCGCUUGUUUCUAGGCGACUGUCAAUAAUGCCUCCAUAGCAGAGCUGCAAAGCGAUGCACCUGCAUCCGAUCCUCCAACCCGGGAAAUUGCUUGACGCAGCAUGUUUUCCGUAUGAAACGGUGUUCAGCUGUGAAUUAUUGAAAGAGGGCAUUACAACACUAAGUAGCUUACCUCACUGAUUUACUUGACAGCAGUGGGUUACAUAAAAAACAACAGGCCCCUUUCACAAAUCAUUGUUCAAAACAACAAUAAAUAAAUAACCGAGAAUACCUAGAAAGGCAAGGUAGACCGGAAUGGCCAUUUCUGAAUAAGGUGCAUAGUCAGUCGAUGCCAGUAAAACCUGGUAGAAUACUAGGCUCAAGGACCAGCCGGACCCAAGUUCUAACUUUAGGUCUUCAGAGUAAAAGCUUGAAGUAUGGCUGAUUUGCGACGAUCAACAAAGCAGAAAUGGUCCUUUAACCCUACCUUGUCUUUGUCGAAAAUACUUUCCGACGAUGUCCACCGUGUUGCAGCAGGCACGGUGACUUGCGCGUGAAUUAUUUUAUAGUGAUACUACACUUGCGAAGCAUCUACCACAUUCUCUCUUCCCCACUCCCCACUUUUACCCGGUGUAAAGAAAGAGUCAAGAAGACCGGAGACGGGGGAGGGCGCAGGUGGCUGGCACGGCCGGAACCGCACCUAGGCGUGCUAACACACUCCCCUGGUCCACACAGCAAAUGACCAGGUUUUUGGCCAACAACACCCCAACAGGAGUUAGAAGGACGAGGAUGAUGACUGGGCAGUCAUGACCACCACCUGUAUAACCAGAGGGGGCGCAAGCGCAUACCAGGCUGCGAGGGCCAUGGUUUGCUGAUACCGCGUCCACCGUAAGUUACUGACUCAUGAAUUGAGUGCAUUCACCGUGCCCUUGCCGGCGCACGCAGGUCUGCAUGCGCGCUCUAACCACCGCAGCAGUGUCCGUCAAUUAAUGGGGCCAUUAACCGCGUUGGUGGUCCAUCCGAGUACAGCAUCGUUGCAAAGCAGAUCGAUAAAGGGACAGCUUUUACCACCAAGCCCACGCACUUCGCCAAUUGUCAGUUCCCUGUACUUGGCGUAGCCAAUAGGAAGAUGGACAACAGCGCGCAUUCGAUCAUAGUGGGGGGAGGGAGCAAAAUGCACUGAGCUAUGGACCAGAGCCAACGCAAUCACUUGGGUUUCAUUGACAAGUGGAACGUUCACCUGUCGGCGGCCCAAACUUUACUAGAAAAAGCGCACAGAAGCGAUGAGCAGCAGAAGCAAAGUUCCACUCAUUAUGAGUUUUGUAGUAUUGUCACGUGGUAGAUGCGCUGGACCUACACGGGGGGGGGGCAUAUUGGAUUCUGACAGGCGUUAUCGGAAUGCAGACAAUAAAAAAUGCCAACAUUUCAGGAUGAGGUGGCAGACCCAAUUGCCGGUUGCCAUCGCGCACAUUGGGACCCAUUUUUGUUGUUGGUUAAAAUCCUGGUCAUUUUCUGUGUGGACCAGGGGGGUGCGGAGUGGAGCGCCAAGGUGCGGGCUCGACCGUGCCAUCCACCUGCGCCCUCCCCUGCUUCCGGUCUUCUUGACUUUGUCUUGAUACCGGGUCCAGGGGGGUGGGGGAGAAAGUGCGAUGUCGCGCAAGUCUAGUAUCACUAUGAGCUAAUUCACGCGCAAGUCACCGUGCCUGCUCUCACCUUGCUGUGUGGAACGCACGGUGGACAUCGUCGGCAACGACGGUCGAACUAUCAAAUAGUAUCGUGAGAAAUGCAUCUGACCUCACAGACGGAGGCCUAGAGUUCGACCCCGUGGUGCUGCAUUGACGGGCUCUACUGAAGCGCAAGCGAUUUCAAUCACAUUCGUAGCCUAACCAUAACAACUAGUGCUGUAUUCAGCCCGUUUUAAGACAUCUUCUGUUUUGUCUAGAAUACGAGACCUCCGACAUAACACGGCUAGAUUUAGCAACAAAGUGCUUUGCGGUCGCUCAAAAUCCCGACUUAGGGACUAAGUCUUUUAAAUGUCAAUAAUAAUUAAUGACUGUUACGCAUUUCAAAUGUGUAGACCGGACAAAGAGUAUCGACCGUCCCUCCUGCUAGUCAGACCAGAUCUCAGUGUCGAUCUACGAUACUUAAGAUUUAAACUCCAGCCUAUUUGAUCUUCAAGGUUAGCUCUCUACUAGUUGAAUUAUGGGCCAGUACUCAAGGUACUGCGAUCGGGGGUUAUUGAAAAUCAACUAAGAAUGACACCCACCAGCCUGGCCUGAUUUUAGGACGGAAUACGGAAGUUCCGUUGGCCCCGUUGAGAUACUGGUACACAACCUGUCUAAUGCAAACCGGAACAAUACACACGACGGGUGAGCUGCAACUCGCUAAUUUAAUCUGCUUGAAUUCCACGGCACAUUUCACCCCGUUUUAUCCUGCAACCCUAGACACGAAACCUUUUGAGCGAUCACACAACGUUGAAGUGGGAGUAAUUAAAGGAAGUCGUUUGACCUGUAUCCAUUUCGUCUGUCCGAAAAUGUUUUGAAAGACGUGAUUUUGGGCAACCAUGUGAUCCGGUAUCAAAAAUUGUCAUUGUUUUGUAGGCCGAUAUUGAAAAAAAGAUGCUUCAGCACUUUUUCACUAUUUCUGUACCAGCUCACGAAUUCCAAUUGGCGGUCAUUUAUAUAGAGCUCAAUGUCUAUGAGCUUAUUCAUUGCAUCAGUCGGUUGACCGGCUCGGACUAUCGUUUGAUGCACGGGAGAAGAGUGAUCAAUGUUGGCUCUCAGUGCAUUUUCCUCACUAUAAACACGCCGGCGCGCUUCACACUACCACAAUGACCUAGAAGCAAUGAUUCAGGUCAGACUUCGCAGUCACCCCAGUGCGUCUCUGUGUGGAGUGGUUGACUGGCGGGGGUGUAGAGGUGUCCAUCAGUGGGUUCUCACGUGACGGUCGUAGUAAGUCGCUUACCUGCGUGCAGGUGCAGACUACGCCUGGUACCCAACUCUCACAUGUGGCUCCACGGAGCUAGGCUCUGUCUAGCGGCCACACCCCGGUAACCGCCUCGACCGGCGGGCUAAAUCAGGUGAGGGUAUCCGUGUGUGCACCUGCGCGCACGGUACUGUGGACUCCGCUGGGCGGCUGGAUCUCCGCGUCGGACUCGUCGAGAGGAGGCUCCGUCUUGACCACCGCAGGAGGCCACAAGGUAAGUGAGCCCUCAGGUAAGCAAGCGUUGCUCUGUUUCCUUACUUGCAUGUCAGUGUUGCAUGCUGUAUGCUGUUCUUGUUGCCUGUUCCAUGUCCGUUUAUUUGUGCUUCUCUUUACUAAUAACUCGCCGUCAUUGUGCUGGACUUCGUGUGCUGCCUUGCUUAUUGUUGUUCCUGCCUGCUGACUAUGUCUGUUUGUCCAUCCUAACUGUAAGUCAUAUAUCGUUCUUUUGGUUGUAUCUUCUCUCCUAUUUAGUUUCCCCCCCCCCUCCCCCCAAGGUUCCAGGCUAAUUCGGGUCGUUCUCUCACUAACGAAAAGCCAUGGCCCAUAGUGCAGUUCCGCAGCCGUCUGGGAUAACCAUGCAGCCCUAUUUAGGGGGUGCGCCGCCUGCUCCCGCGAGGGGGAAGGGGCUAGAAAAGGUGCCCUAAAUAGUUCUGGGGAACCACGCCGUCUGCGGGCUGACCGUGGUCGCAGACAAAAACCACACGGUCGAAACAGCCAAAAACCGAAACAACAACCAUCUCUCUCCUCCUCCCUCCUCCUCUCCACCGCCUCAAUCGCCAGACUGGCAGGACGAAUCCGCUCACUCUGACAGCCUGGAAUGUUCGUUCCCUUAUAGACAACCCGACAAGAAACCGACCGGAACGGAGGACAGCACUAGUGGCCCAGGACCUGGCGCGCUACAAGGUGGACAUCGCCGCGCUCAGCGAAACCUGGUUCUCCGAACAAGGCCAACUGCAGGAGAUGGAUGCCGGCUACACCUUCAUCUGGAGCGCUCGCCCCAAGGCAGAGCGACGGGACGCGGGUGUCGCCUUCGCGAAAGAAGGCCACUUGGAUGCCUCCUCGAUCACGUCAGUGGCACCUGUUGAACCAUGUCCUCGUCUGGAGGCGAGACCAGCGGGGCGUGAUGGUGACAAAGGCGAUUCCGGAUGCUGA